CCCGCAACACCAAGUCUCAGACGCGUCCCCCAUCACCCAGAUGACCCAGUACGACUGCGACCUCUCCAACCGCAAGGUCGUCACCUGCAUCCCCAUUGACCGCUUCUUCAGAGUGUAAGCCCCCUAUCUGUUUCCUCUUUGUUCCUGUCUGUGAAAGUAUCUUCGUAGCUGACACUUCGUUUCUCUUAGUGCGCGUGGCGGAGGUAUCGUUGAGAUUGGCGCUUCCGAGGCAGCAGGCCUACGAGCUCAAGGACUCCUUCCUUUGUCCUGAGUGCAUCGUGUCUGUGCGGAAAUGUGACUGUUGCUUCUUCCCUUGAUGUCAUCUACAGCGACGGAAACAAGAGACAUCAAUCAAUACCUGGCCGACCUGCUCUUUCGGGGCCUAUGCACAGAUGGGAGUUACCGGGCUCUGGACAGUCCUCGAGCCCGGCGCGCGGCCAGUCAGACUGGAGUCCCUCGCCAAGAAGCGCCUCGCCAUUGAUGCAAGCAUCUGGAUCUACCAGUUCCUCAAAGCCGUUCGCGAUAAGGAAGGCAAUGUCUUGCGCAAUGCACACAUCGUAGGCUUCUUCAGACGUAUCUGUAAGCUUCUCUUUCAUGGCAUCAAGCCUGUCUUUGUCUUUGAUGGCGUAGCCCCCUUGCUCAAGAAACAAACCUUGCGUGCGCGAAAGCAAUUCAGGGACGGCGGACGUGUCGAUGUCGUCAAGACGGCAGGCAAGAUCCUUGCUGUGCAGAUGCGGAAACGCGCAGCUGAACAGAUUGAGCGUGACAAGCUCGCGCAGCAGCAUCGCGACGAUGAUGAAGAGGCUGUUCCAGAGAAUCCAACGUACUUUGAUGAAGUGGCGCUCAAGCCAGCAGAGCAAGCGGCUCGCAAAUUUAAGCGUACGGAUCAGUAUCACCUACCAGAGCUAGCAAACUCGCUUGAUCGCGCUGGGAGUCUUAAUGACCCGCGUCUCAUGACGCCAGAGGAGCUCGCACAGUACGCCAAGGACUUUGACAAUCAGGAUUUGGGUGUUUCUGACUUUUCACACAUCGACUAUGAUGCUGAAUGGUUCAAGUCGCUGCCGCAAGCAGAUCAAUACAGUAUCUUGAAUGCCGCACGACUCCGCUCAAGGCUGCGUAUGGGCCUCAGCACGGAGCAGCUCACAGACAUGUUUCCAGACAGAAUGGCCUUUUCCCGCUUCCAAAUUGAGCGUGUCAAGGAACGAAGCGAUCUCACAAAUCGGCUCAUGAAUUUGAAUGGUAUGAAUGAGUCUGGUCCGCAGCGCAUUGCCUCUGAGCGUGGACGCGAGUAUGUUUUGGUCAAAAAUGACGACGUCAAUGGGGGCUGGUCUCUGGGAGUUGUCAAUACUGCUGAACAACCCAUCAUCAUCGACAAGGAAGAAAAGGUGGAGAGCGAUGUCGAUGAUGAUGACGAUUUUGAAGAUGUACCCAUUGAGCGGAUAGAGGGCGAUGAGGUUGCGUCAAGCGAGCGACAGAUGACUGAAGCAGAGAUGAUCAAGUGGGCCAUUGAAGAAUCAAGAAAGGCGCAAUUGAGCACGACGCGACCUGACCCAAGCUUUCGCCCAUCGGCAUCAAAGAAGAUAUCAAGUGCAAAAGGUGUUCCGACACCGCUUUUCAGGGAGGAUACAGACGAGCAGCAAGCUGUUCGCAAGUUGUCUUUUAAAGCGAAGGAUGACGAAGAAGCAGACCUCAGGCGGGCGAUACAAUUGUCAUUGCGCAAGGACGAAGAUCGACUCGAGCAGGCGAAGCAAUCUCAGCAAGGUGGCUUCUUGAUUGAAAGCGAAGACGAGGAUGUUGCGAUGCCCACGUCAAAAGUGGCACUGUCUGGCGAUCCAGCGGCUUCGAGUGAUGCACGAGCAGCCCCUGUACACGCUGGCUUCGUCAUUGAGAGCGACGAUGAAGAGAUACAAGUACCUGAUCAUCCUACAACAACGCAAGAUGUCAAGUCGCCCAGGAAGGAAGAUGCGCCUCCGAAUUCCCUAGGACGCACGGCCAAUCAACGCCGGAGCACUAGGCCACAGCCUGUUGAGAAGCUAUCACCCAUUCCGGUGCCCACAAAAGAGACUUCCCCACCACCUUGGUUUGAAAUUGCUGCUGUACCGCCUGUGCCCUUUCGACCGGCGCCUAGACCCAAGACACCCUCGCCUGAGCCUGUUCAACCAACCACUAUUAUACGCGACGAAAGCACCAUUGACUUGACUGAUGAUGUCAAGGCUCCUGCGUCCAUCACGGACAUACAAGACUCACCUAUGUCCGUUGUUGAGGACGAAGUGCCAGAGGUUGCGGAUCAUCAACAGUCACAGGUGCAAGCUGGAAGUCCUGAUUGGAGCGAUUUGGAGGAAGAGGAACAAGCGGAUGAGGUGCCUGAGCCUGAUGCUCCCAUCACGCUGGAUCGACACAGCUCGCAGCUAGACGAGGCCGACAUGGCGCGUCUCGCUGAGGAAGACGCCAUGGAGGAGCAAAUGGCACGCGAGGAAAACGAGUACGCGCGCUUCUCUGCCGAGCUGAGUAGUAAAGCGGCAGCGUACACGCAAGAAGAGUACGAAGAUGACUUGAAACGGUUGAAGGGGGAGCAACGGAGGAACCUGCGUGAUGCAGAUGAAGUGACGCAAGUCAUGGUACAAGAGUGUCAAGCGCUCUUGGCGCAUUUCGGAAUCCCCUACAUGACUGCGCCGACGGAAGCUGAAGCGCAGUGUGCUACGCUCUUGCAACUUGAUCUUGUGGAUGGCAUUGUGACGGAUGAUUCGGAUGUCUUCUUAUUUGGUGGGACGCGUGUCUACAAGAACAUGUUCAAUGAUGCCAAGACGGUCGAGUGCUUCAUUCUGCAAGAUUUGGAGCGUGAGUUUAGGCUGGAUCGACAGCAGCUCAUCAAUUUGGCGUACCUCCUCGGCAGCGACUACACAGAAGGCAUCAAGAAGGUAGGUCCUGUCACUGCCGUUGAGCUGCUGGCAGAAUUCCGCACAUCCGAGGAGAGUGAUGCUACAGAGGAUGCUUGCUUGACUGCCUUUUCAGAGUGGGUGGAUCGCGUGCAAGCUGGUCGAGAGUCAGCAGACGAUCUCGCUUCGCCUUUUCGUCGCAAGUUCCGCAAGACUGCCGAGAAGCUCGUCUUGCCGGACGCUUUCCCUAAUCCAAUGGUGCGUCAAGCGUACCUACAACCUGAAGUGGAUGCGGAUACCACUGCGUUUGUGUGGGGUCAGCCGGAUGUCGAUACCUUGCGACGCUUUCUAAUGCGACAAAUUGGAUGGUCGGCUGAGCGAACGGAUGAGAUCCUCUUGCCAGUCAUCAAGGAUAUGAAUCGAAAGUUGCUGGAAGGGACACAACGCAACUUGACGGAUUUCUUUGGUGGUGUUGUUGGUAGUGGUACCAUGUCUGCUAUUGAGCCUGGACGUCGGAAACAUGGCAAGACGGCGAGUAGCCGUAUGUCUCGUGGGUUAUCGGCAUUGAAACGUGCAGCGACGGGGGAAGCGCAUGGUGAAGGCGCUGCUGGCACAAGACAGGCAACAGCGUCAGGAGGAACGAGGAAGCGUGCAGCGAAAGACGCAUCGGAGGCCCCUGUGCGGAAGCGCAAGCAGGUCGAGACUCUCCCGACGCAUGUUGAGGAGUUGAGUAGUGAUGAUUCAGGGGAUGAUGAAUGACACACACCCCUGCAUAUAGCAUGUGGUAUGACAGAUAAACGAAUGAUUGUACAACCUCGU